UCGGCUAUUUAGAUGUUCACUGUGACUUCACUUCACUCCAUCAAUGGAAAUUGGAAAGGAAAGCCGCUUCUCAGAACUCUACUCUCUCAUCCGUUUUGUUUCAUUUUCGUCGAUUCAUUUCUCAUCUCACAAGUUUCUCAGAUAAAAAGAUCAGAAUUAGUUGUAGUAUUAUUAGUAUUGAGAGAGAGAGAGAGAGAGAGAGAGAGAGAGAGAGAGAGAGAGAGAGAGAGAGAGAGAGAGAGAAUGGGGCGGAAGAAGUUGGAGAUGAAGCGAAUCGAAGACAAGAGCACUCGACAAGUCACGUUUUCCAAGAGGAGAGGCGGAUUGAUCAAGAAAGCCCGCGACCUCUCCGUCCUCUGCGACGUCCAAGUCGCUCUCAUCGUCUUCUCCACCCUUGGCAAGCCCUACGUAUUCUCCUGCGGCAACAGAUGGUUCAAGUUUCAACAGGCUAAAAAUGGGAGGAGGAAGAAAGUUACCGAUUUCAUUUUAGCCAAGAUACUCUAUCAUUACCGGAGGCAGACCAAACCCGAAGAAAUGGUCACAACAGAUGGAUGUGAAGCAGAGUCCAGAUUUGGAAGUUUUCGGACAUGUUCAGAGCUCGUGCAAAUAGUCAACAGGGACCUGGAAGAACCAUAUGUGGACCAGGUUAGCGAGAAUGACCUCAUCCAACUAGAGAAUCAAAUUGACGAUGCGCUAAGACAAAUAAGAUCUAGAAAGACACAACUGAUAAUGCAGUCCAUUACGGCCCUUUGUGAAAAGGAGAGGCUGCUGGAAGAAGAAAACAAAGCUUUGGCGAAGAAGAUAGCUGCAACGGCAACUGAUGGAAAUACAGCACACGAGGUGGUGACGGGGUCUUCUGACCUUUACCAUAACUACAUGAAUGAUCGUUCGCAAAGGCCAGUGCUUCAAUUCCUUUGAGUAGACCACAGCUCCCUGCUCUCUGCAUGCUUCUUCAAUUGAAAUGUGCAUAUACAACCUGCCUUUCACCUUUCAGAUUCAACGUUUAAGCGGGACCGUGAAAAGUUCAAUUUUUGUUUUUUGUUUUUUGUUUUUUUUGGGUGUAGAGCUUCUAGACUUUAGUUCAUGGCUUUGGUCGUUACUUGGGAUAGACACUCAGUUGUUCUUUCCUUUUCUUUUCCCCUUUCUUCUUGUUAUCUCUGCUUCUUCAAACGUGUUUUCUUUUCUAUUUUAUUCUUCUUUCCUAGAUUGAUGUGUAAUGAUGUGUGAGCAUGCAUGCAUACUGAGGAAUCUCGGUUUUUCAUU